AUGGAAGCUCAAAGUCAGCCCAUAUCUUCACUUAAUCCAUUGGUAGAUGAGGUUGAAAAUAUAUCCCAACAAAUUCGAAAAGAUUUGGAAUGUCCAGUGUGCAUGGAAUUAGCUUCUAAAAUUCAUUGUUGUUGUGUUAACGGACAUAUAGUAUGCGAGAGUUGUCUUUUACGACUUUGGCAAUUUAGUGAUUUUCCAGCUUGCCCAAUGUGCCGAUCAGUAUUGUCAACAGCAGUCUUUAAGUCGGCUUUCGUACUAGCCAUUACAAACCUUAUGAAUUCUUUCAAAAUCACUUGCAGCAAUAGAGCUCACGGUUGUCUGGAACUUGUUAGUAUAGCAAGUAUUAAUGAACAUGAAUCAUCAUGUACGUAUGUCCCUGAUGUUAAAUGCUUUGUGUCUACAUGUCAAUGGUCCGGUAUAUACGCGCAAAUCUUUAACCAUGUAAAAUCCGUCCACCCUACUUCAGCUGUAAAAACUCGUGGACAAUUUGUAACAUUUAUGGCAUCAUUAACCGCAUACAAAGAAAAGUUUACCUUAUAA